AAGCGCUCAGAGCCCUAGCACAAGAAAAUAAAAUAAACUCAGUGUCACAAGCCAAAAACCAACCAAGUGAACAGUCCAAAAAUCGCGAUCGCGAGUACUGAUCCCAUAAGUCAAAAAAAAAAACAAGUCUGAAAUGGCCACUACCACUGCAAUUGCCACCUCGGAGUCCUGCUCCUCGGAGCGACUGCAACAGAGUCCUGCGCCAAGGACCUGCUCUCAACAAACCGCCGCCCUCCCCAGUUUCGGCCGAGUGUCUCCCGCCAAGUGCUGGCUCCUGGGUGUCCUGCUGCUUCUCACAGUCGCCGCCAGCUGGCCAACGGGGACAUCCGCCGCCCCACGCAAAGCUCGAGGACUACACCUAAUCUUGCCGCAACACCAUCACCACCAGCACGCGCGAUCUACACCUCCGGAGCUCGCAAGGCAAAAGAAAUUGACACGUUUGAUUACGAACACAACCGAGGGAAGGCCGUUUUGCAGCAAUAUGAAUUUAGAAAAUGUACAGCGAAUCAAGGAACUCAAAUCGGCUCGCGAAGUGGCCAAUAACACUAAGAAGGCCAUCAUCUGCCUGCUCAACGAAUAUUUGGAACAAAAUGCAGACAACCGCUCUUUGGAGGGUCAAAUCAAAAAGUACAGUUAUCACGAUCUGGCACUGAAUCAUCCGCUGCAGGCUGAAGUGAAAAAGGUUCAGUUCGACAGUCACACGCAGGAGUUCUCCUACGAGGGCAAGGUGACCAAUAUCACCAAGGAGAUGCCCGUCAUCUUGGAGAGCCUGCUUAUUUUGCAGAGCCUGUUCGAUAACAUUAAAUACAAUUACCAACAAUGGCACUGCUUCUACUUCUACCUUACGGAGUUCUUUGAACACAAUAUCCACGAGGCACUGAAUGUAACUAACACGCAAGAAUCGUGCAACCCGCGGAACGCACACUACAACAACAGCACCCCCGACGUCGCGUUCCUGACCGCCGUGGAGACCAUAAAGGUGUUGACCAUCGUGGAGUACAAGUACGACCAGCUGCUCAAUCCAUCCCAAUCGGCUGGUUCCAGCCACGUUCCAUGAACAACAAGCCAAACCAAAAAGAAUCGCCUCCGAUGACCCACUGAAAUCUCAAUCACGUACUCUAAUCCUAUUUGUAUCCUAUUUGUCAACUAGACAACCACACCCGCCUUAGACCCUAUUAUUUAUUAUAACUUAUUGGUCCCUAGCACAUCCCAUCGUAUUUAUAUCGCUUUCGCAUCCUAUUUAUAUACAUAUGACCAUACUCACACAACGCAUUCACCGCCCUGUAGGCUCGAUAAUUUAUGAAAAUAUGUCUUAAGUGUAUUUUUUUGUACUAUUGUAUUACGACUAUGAAUAAAGUAUACUGAUUAUGCGCAAUA